UCUCGGCAAAGUGUCGUUUGCCUCUCUUCUAUCGCGAUAAGUGUCAUGGCUUUUUUUGGAGCUACGUACCAGAAAAGCUAAACUCUGCAAGCUUUGAGAUAAGCUUCACACGAGAGACAUGAACGUACCUCUUACAAAAGGGGCGGUUGAAGCCCUGUGCAAAGGCUUAGAUGUGGACAAGCCCGUGCUGCAGCUGCUGAACAUCCGUCAGAUCAGUAAUGCCUCAAGCCCACCCAGGUUCCGACUGAUGAUGAGUGAUGGCCAGCACUCUCUGACUUCUUGCCUGCUUGCUACCCAGUUAAACUAUUUAUCUGAAGAGAACCUCCUGGUACCAAACUGUGUGUGUUUGUUGAAAAAGACCAUCAACAACACUUUGGCUGAUGGCAGGCGUGUGGUUGUUGUUAUGGACAUGGAUAUAUUAAAGUCAGCAAAGGAAACUGGGGGGAAGAUUGGAAAUCCCACUCCUUAUAAUACAGAUGGUAAGACUUCAUCUCCACAGAAGGUGUCAUCAAGUACCUAUGUUCCAGAGUCCCCUCCGUCUGCUGCCGUGCCUGGACCCUCCUAUAGGAACUACAGCUCUCCCAGAGGCAGAGGAGGAAGUUUUACGGGAAAAACACCCAUGAAAGCUUCUCCCAUGAAGGCCUCAGCUAUUAAAGCAUCACCCAGUAAGGGCUUAACUAUGAAGGUUUCACCCAUGAAAGCUUCGCCCAUGAAGGCCAACAGCGCUUCUCCAGGUUCUUCAGCAAAAGUGAAUCCUAUUGCAAGCCUCAACCCCUACCAAAGCAAGUGGACUAUCAGAGCCAGAGUCACCAACAAGUCGAGCAUUCGCACGUGGAGUAACUCCAAAGGAGAGGGCAAGCUCUUCUCCUUUGAAAUAGUGGAUGAGAGUGGUGAAAUCAAGAUCACUGCUUUCAACAAGGAAGUGGACAAGUUUUUCUCUCUAGUGGAGCAAGGCAAGAUGUGAUUGGAAUAUGUAAGAGUGCUGAGGAUGUAUCCCGUAUCACCACUAAGAACAGCAGAGAAGUCUCCAAGAGGGCUCUCAGCAUAAUCGACGAAACAGGCAAAGUCGUGACAGUCACACUGUGGGGCGAAGAGGCAGAACAUUUUGAUGGCUCUACACAGCCAGUGGUUGCCAUCAAAGGAGCUCGAUUGUCUGAUUUUGGGGGAAGAUCUCUCUCUGCAUUGUUCAGUUCAACAGUCAUGGUCAACCCAGAUAUACCACAGGCCUUUAGACUGAGAGCCUGGUAUGACCGGGAAGGCUUUGCAGUCAACAGCCAGUCGCUGACAGAGACCAGGUCAGCAGGCACAGGAUUAAACAUGAACUGGAAAACACUGAGCGACAUUAAGAAUGAAGACAUGGGCCAUGGAGAGAAGGCACAGUAUUUCAGCUGCGUGGCGACAGUGCUGUACAUUCGUAAGGAGAAUUGUCUGUACCAAGCUUGUCCAUCUGCAGACUGCAACAAGAAGGUCAUCGACCAGCAGAACGGGCUGUACCGCUGCGAAAAGUGUAACAAAGAGUUCCCCAACUUUAAAUACAGACUCUUACUUUCUGCCAACUUAGCUGACUUCGGGGAUAACCAGUGGGUGACGUGCUUCCAGGAGACAGCUGAGGCCCUGUUGGGUCACAGCGCAGAAACUCUCGGACAUCUCAGAGACACAGAUGAAGCUGCCUUCGAUGAAGUCUUCCAGAAAGCCAACUUCACAACUCACAUCUUUAAAAACAGAGUCAAGCUAGAGACCUACAACGAUGAGAGUCGAGUGAAGGUAACUGUAAUGGAAGUCCAGCCGGUCGACCACAGAGAAUACAGCCGGAGACUCCUGCAAAACAUCUACAAAUUGGCUAGAUGAACUCAGUCCCACCCAUUCAAAUGUCUGUCUGGUCAUUAAACGCAUCUUUCGCCAUUCUGCAACUGGUGUCCGACUUUUUCCCACCUGCGAGAUAACAGCAUAUCAGGCUGAGACAGGAGAGGGGGCGGCCAGUGAUUCAUCUAAAUGGCAGCCAAACAAAAUACUGAUAUUUAGCAGAUGACUUCCUUCACAGAGCGGAGGGGAAAAAGGCAAAAAGAUCUGAUGGAAGUGACUUCCAGCUUUAUUUUAAUGGCAAUUUAACUUUGUGUUUUCAGUUUAAAGAAUUUUUUAUCAUGUCCUGCUUACAUUUUCACGUCUUAUGCAUCAUGUAAAUACUAUGAUUGUAGUGUUUUCUUUUUUCUUCAUCAACGUGACAUAUUUCUUCGGUUUUGUACUGGUGAUGCUCAGUGUUAGUUGAGUAAGACGUAGAUGAGUCACAUUUAUUUAAUCUUUGUUUUUUGUUUUUUUUCUUCAAACAGAGUCUUGGAAAAAAUGCGUGGGGGAUGCACGUGUUUAAACUGCGUUCACAGCGUGCGCCUUGUUCUUAAAAGAUACCCUGGGUGUGUGCGUGUGCGCGCGUUUGUGUUUGGUUUCCUUUUGUGCUUCCAAGAAAUGUCAGACAAGAAAAAAACAGGCAUUAAAAGGACAUUAAAAUAGAAA